AUGUCGGUUCUGGUGCAGUACCCGGGGACAAAGACGUACCGACUUGCUGUUCUCCCAUUGAUUUUACAGCUCGCGUUCACGGCUGUCACCACAAUUGACUACGAUAUUUCUGCGAAUCCCAGCCUCGUCUCUGCGCCCGCAAUGCUCGUGAUAGUGAUGCGGACCUCUGGCUGGACAAUUGAGGACAUGCACCUGCAGCGUGACCGCUUCGGUUGGCCCGCUUAUUCCCCAACUUCCGACUUACUGUCUCUAAAAAGGACAUUAUGGGACGCCCUAGAUCUCAUGGUUAAUCUGCGCAACAUAGGAUGGGUUCCUGGUGGGAAGCCGCGUGCUGAUAUGAACUGCUCGAAGACCACGAGGACUACAUUUUUGUUCACGGCGGUUUUGCGGACUCUCAUUUUUGCUAUAGCCUUCGACGUCGCCGUGACACUCCUACGUUAUCUCCGCCCUGAUGGUCUCCCUCCUGGUAGCACUAUCUUCGACGACUCCCAACCCCUUGCCCUUUCAUACAUGCGUGCUGCCCUAUUGACGCAUGUCUCGCUCUUCGCGGGGUUCGCGUUCAUGUCGCUCUUAUACACUUGUAUUGCGUUUUUCGCCGUCCUCCUCCUCCGGCAUGUUCCAGAUCAGUGGCCGCCCUUGUUCGACGCGCCCUGGCGCUCGACGUCACUACGCGAGCUUUGGGGAAGGAGAUGGCACCAGCUCUUCCGAGAGCUAUUCAUCUCACUGGGUGCGCGGCCUUCCAACAGGUUAUUUGGGCGUCCGACAGGUAUACUCGGCGCGUUCUUAGUCUCAGCGGCGCUGCAUGAUGUACGCCUGCGCGAGAUGGGCGAGGGAGUCGAUCUGAGGGUGACGUAUGGGUUCUUUGUGUUCAAUGGGCUUGCGGUGAUUGUAGAGGUCGAGUGGAAGGAGCGAAUGAGGAGAGACAUUGGUGGCUGGGCUGGAUGGAUUUGGACGGCCGUUAUUUUUACUGGAUCUUGGUGUUUUCUUAUGGAUGGGUGUGUCAAGGCGGGUCUACUGGAUACGAGCCAGGUGCAAAGGGUCUCCGAUACUUUCUUGCGUACUUACUUCUGA